AUGGAGUCAGAGAAUUCAACUACUGUAGAGUUCGGAAUGAGAGAAUCAAGUGUUAUUGGAAGUGAAAUUGCGGCCAAUACUGUAAAUCAUCCUAAACCACUACUUGGAAUGAAGUUUAAUAGUUAUGAAGAAGCUUAUAAUUAUUAUAACUCUUAUGCAUUGUUGAUGGGUUUUGGAAUAAGGAAGAGCACGGUAAAUUACUCUCGCAAGACUAGAGAAGUGGUAGACAGAAAAACUAAUAAGUUCAGUCUUCCAUUUGCUCCAUUUACUGGUGUAAAUCACCACAGGCAGUCUACUUUACUUGGUGCUAUUUUAACAGAUCAGGAUAGAGCAAUGUGUAAUGCUAUUCACUCAGUGUUUCUAACGACAAGACACCGUUAUUGCUAUUGGCACAUGCAAAAGCACAUUAUGGAUCAUUUGCCUACUUUGGGGUCUCGUUAUGGUGAACAGUUUCAAAGGUAUUGGGGCUUGUGGUAUAAUAGUUCUUCAAUUGAACAAUGUGAAGGAUAUUGGGUUGAGAUGAAAGAGAAGUUUGAUAUAAAUGAAGAAGGGGAGGGAUGGUUGCAAACAGUUUACAAAUGCAGAGAACACUGGGUGCCGUGUUAUCUGAAGGACACUUUUUUUGCUGGAAUGAGAUCGAGCCAAAGGAGUGAAAGUAUUAAUGCAUUUUUUGAUGGGUAUGUUAACUCACAGACUCAGUUACACGAGUUUGUGACACAAUAUGAAAAAGCAACUCAGUUACACGAGUUUGUGACACAAUAUGAAAAAGCAGUAACUCAUCGUCGCUUAAGUGAAGCCCAUGAAGAUUUUAAGAGUCUGAACACAAAGCCGGUUAUGCUCCUUGGACAUCCAAUUGAGAUCCAAGCUGGAGAAAUGUAUACACGCAAUAUGUUUGAUGUGUUCCAUACUGAAUUCAAAGGAUUUGGUACAGAGUUCUGUGAAGAAUUGAGAAAAGAUGGGGACAUUGUUGAAUACAAGAUCUGUAAGUUUACAGAUAGAGAAAAAUGGGAGGUGGUUACUUAUGAACAAUCUAGUCAUAUUCAGUUCUGUUGCACUUGUGCUUUGUUUGAAACUAAUGGUGUUGUAUGUAGACAUAUAUUGUCGCUAAUGAUAGCUAUGCAGAUGGAUUCAUUACCCGACCAUUACAUCCUACACCGUUGGACUAUACAUGCUCGACAUCGUAACAUUGGGGUUGGUAAUAUUAUAUUUGGAAGAAACAUCACACGCUGUGAAGAGAAGAUUAAUUUAUUGAAAUCUUGGGCUUUAAGAGCAAAAUUCAAUAAUGUGCUCGAGCUUGCAUUUGCUUCAGAAGAGAAGAUGCAAAAACUAGAUGAUGUGCUAACAAAUUUCAUAGAAUCACUGGAAGAAGAAAUUGGAGAAACUCAAUAUCAAAUGAUGGAUAUUCCUCAAAUUUCCGCACCCAUCUCACAUACAAUGGAGCACAUUCCUCAUAUUACAGUUCGUGAUCCUGAUAGACCUGCAAGGACUAAAGGUCGUCCACACAAUGCUACUAGAAUCCAAUCAGGUUUAGAACAAGCACAAGAAAAGAAAGAAAGGAAGAAACGUAUAUGUAGCAAAUGUGGUGAACUCGGGCAUUAUAGAACUAGCUCUUUGCUGUGGCUUAUAUUCAGCUACUUUGGUUGUAGCUCAAUUCUCUUUUAUGCAGCUAUCUUCUCAAUCCUGGUGUUUCAGCAGGGUUUUAGAAGCAUUUGGAAGUUGUUCUGUGAAAAGCAGAAGCAAUAA